UUCGGAGGGAGCUGAGUUCAAAUUCGGCCACUCACUGCCCUUUGGACACCCGGGUUCCAACAAGGAGACGCUCAGGGGAGGAGGGCCGGGAAGACCCAGUGGCUGGAGCGAUGGACUAUCAGGAGGAUGUGACCUAUGCAGAUCUCAAGUUUCCCCCCAAACUGGAGCCCAGAAAUGGGAAGAAGCCAGGGGCUCUUCUGGUCCCUCUUACCUCCCACCCGGCCUUAAGGUACUCUUCUCCCACCUUCAACCCCUCAGCAGGUCCUGAGUUUCCACCCAGAAACCGUUCAGAGUCACAUGGCAACUUGGGCCUGGGAAGGAGGGGAAACGACCUGACUGACGCCUUACCACCCCCAGCCCCUUCUCCCCUAAAGAACCCAACUCUGCGCACCUGGAUUGUUCCUGGCAUCAUCUUGAGUUCCCUGGUGGUGGUGGUGAUUUCUUUGAUCAUUGUGUGUUCCCGGCUGUCCACCAGUCACACCUGCCUCUCAGAGAAAUUCACCCACCUGUUGGGCAACUACACCCACCUAUCAAACAGCUACUCCCACCUGUCGGACAACUACACCCACCUGUCGGACAACUGUACCCACCUGUCGGGCAGAUACACCCAUCUGUCAGACAGUCACAGAGACCUGUCAGAAGAGCUCUCCAACUUGAGGGACAAUCACACCCACCUCAUCGGGGACUACACCAAGCUUCGGGACAGAAUCCAGCGGGUGGAGAACCGGCUCUCCAAACUUGUGACAUGGGCCCAGGGCCUGGAUCACUGUGGACUCCAGAAGUCUGAGCCCCCUUACCUCAGCUGCCUGUCUUGCCCAGCUAAGUGGAUCCUCUUCAGACAAAACUGCUAUCUCUUCUCUGAAAACUCUGAGAGUUGGCGUGGCAGCGUAGACCGGUGCCAAGAUCUCCAGUCAACGCUGGUUACCAUCAUUGACCAGAUGGAGCAGGUCUUUCUGAGCCUCCAGGCAGCAAGGAGAAUCUACUGGAUCGGCUUGACCGAUGAGUAUCAUGAAGGCCAAUGGACGUGGGUAAAUUCCCAUAUAUUCCAGAAGGGAUAUUGGGCCCCAGCCCAGCCUGAUAACUACCUCUCAGAUGAGAACUGUGUGUCCCUGGGAGAGAAGGAAGGGUUUGACAACUGGAAUGAUGCACAAUGCUCAAAGAGAUACCAUUACAUCUGUAAGAAGGAGGCUGAGCGAAUGCAGCUUUGAUGGUCCCAACCUCAGCAUCACCAGCGGAUGGAAAGGGCAACUGGCUGGAGGGGGACCAGAUUCCCUCUGCAAAACAGUGGGGACAUGGGGCUGGGCCCGCUGCCCGCAUCAGACGGGAGGAGGGCGUACCACACUUGCCGGUCACUUUGGAGGUUCUCCUCCUGUGGGUCAUUGCACAUACCAUCCCCCCUUUCCUGGAAUGCCUUCUCCUUCCCUCCAUUUUCCCUUCAAAAAUACUACUAAAAAUCACCUCUUCCAUUCAGGCUUCCCAGAAGAACACCAAUCACUUAGGGAAGGCUUUGGUACUUAUGCGAAUCUCUUCCCUUUUGUGUGUGUGUGUGUGUGUGUGUGUGUGUGUGUGUGUGUGUGUGUGGUUCCCCUGUUUGUCCUGUGCACCCCUUUGGAUUGUCAGUCCCUCAAGGGUAGGUACCAUGUUUACUGUUCCCUCUGCCCCUUCCCUCAGGGUAGGAGAGAGAGAGAGUGAGAGAGAGAGAGAGGGAGUGUGUGUGUGUCUCCCCAGCCUCCCGCAUAAGACUGUCAGCUUCACCAGGACCGGAUGUAUGCUUUCUCCUCCCUCUGUCCCUUCCCCAGGGUUCUGCCCACAGUGGGCAUUCAAGUUGGACAAGGUACAACUCAGACACUCUGUGUUGAUCUCCUCAGCAUGGCAGCUGCUGCUGUUACCACUGAGUGUAUGUUUGUUCCACAGGAGAACAGUCAUCCUCUGUCACAGGAAGCACCUGCAUCCAACCAGGGAGAGAGAGAGGCAGCCCUGGGGAGGCCCUAUCACCACUAAGGGGAGGGUGGGGGGAAGGGGAGGAGGCUCUGGCUCCCCCCACCACCCUCGCACAUGGUCCGAUCAUCCACAGACUCAGUUGCUUCCCCCUCAGCCUACACUCUCCCUUCAACUUCCUCCCAUCUAGGCCUUCCUCCCUGUCUCCAAGCCUCUGCUCCUGCUGCCCCGCUGCAUAGAACAACUUCCUUUUUCCUCACACCAUGACAAACGCUCACCUCCUUUCACCACAGUGCAAGGUUGUCUCCUCCGGGAAACCCUCCCUGAUUUGACCCUCCCCCCAUCAUUAUCUACAUAACUGUCAUGAUCGUGCCCCUCUGGUCAGAUGGACGGGGGUUGUCUGUGUGUCUGUUGCGUUUCUCCUAUUUCACACAUAGACCCCAUAGUCUCCGGAGGGCUUAAUAAAGACUUGCUGACUCAA